AUAGGCAAUAAAAAUACAACAUGUUUUCGAGGAGUUCAUUAUUCAAUGAAAUAAAAUAUCAGUCGCAAAAUUCCAACAGAUAUUUAUCUUCCGGAAAUGAACAAUUAUCGGAUUUAAAGUACGGUAAAGUGUCUGAUGUGACUUUGGAUUCAUUAGCAGAAGCUUUCGAAUUGUUGGACUUUCAAUCUAACGAAUUCCCUGAAUACGACGUAGAAUAUGCAAAUGGAGUGUUGACUGUAAAGUUUGGACAUGCCCACGGCACUUACGUUAUAAAUAAACAAUCACCAAACAAGCAAAUUUGGUUAUCAUCGCCACUCAGUGGUCCUAAGAGAUACGAUUUUCUAGACAAUAGAUGGAUUUAUAAGCAUGAUAGCAGCUGUCUACACGAUCUUCUAAGUAAAGAAAUAUCUGAAAUUUUGAAAAGGCCAGUUUCAUUCGGCGAUUGUGAUUAUACUUGA